GUAGUGCAAAAUCGAGCUGUCGCAACUGUCACCACCUUGUAUUGCAUCAUGCAUCAUGGUGAAAACUGGCAGCUGUGUUUUUGUAUUUUCUUUUCUUACGUUUGACAUUUAAAAUGUAAAUAAACAAAUUUCACACGUUUUUAGCCCUCAAUAAAUAUUUAACUGGCGGUGCGCUGUAAAAGCUAGCUUGUCGCCAAAAUAGUUAAAAAUUCUACACCUGAAAAUGUCUAAGGACUACAUCUCGCGUAAAUUGGAGCGUAAACAACGGCGGUGUGAGGCAAUAAUCCACGCCGACUGUGGGAUUGAGAAUAGUGAGCUGCCCACACGCUUUCUUGCUAUUUUGAACGCCGGUCUCUCCACGGGACUCACGGAAGAGGCUAUGCUUUAUGCCACCCUUCAACAUGGCUCCGUUCAACAGGUGCUAAUGUUGCCUAAUAAAUCAUACUGCUUUCUAGAAUGCAGCAAUGUGAAUGAAGCGGAACAAAUCUACAACAAUUUACAUGGCAAAUCCAAUUUGGAGCAACGUGGAGGAGUUAUAUAUUUGUCAUUCGUUAAAAGCUUGCCUGCAUGCACUGAGGAAAAUGUGUGGUCUAAGCCAUUGCCGGACGGUUUGGUAUUAUUGCCAGAUUUUGUGACUGAAUCUGAAGAAGAAAUCUUGCUGAAGGCUAUUGCGACAGAAGAAACUAAAGAAGAGAGUGAUUUGAAACAUCGGCGUGUUAAACAUUUUGGAUAUGAAUUUAUUUAUGGCGAAAAUAACGUAGACCCAACUAAACCAUUAAAUGUAAAUAUCCCUAAAGAUUGCGAAUUUCUAUGGUCGCGUUUGAAAUCGGAGGUGGCUAUGCUAGGUUUACCAGCUUGGGAUUGGGAGGCGCCAGAACAAUUGACUGUUAAUAUUUAUCAACCUGGACAAGGUAUUCCACCACAUGUGGAUACACACAGCGCAUUUCUUGAGCCAAUACUUUCUUUAUCGCUAUGUAGUGAUGUAGUUAUGGAUUUUCGGCGCGGCAUUGAUCGGCGCCCGCUCAAAUUGUUACGCCGCUCAAUGCUGGUGUUGUCUGGUGCAUCAAGAUACGACUGGACACAUGGCAUUACUCCGCGCACUUUGGAUGUCGUGCCUACUGAAAGCGGUUUAACAGUGACGAAGCGGAGCCAACGCAUCUCUCUCACAUUCCGACGACUGCGGCGAGGUCCAUGCGACUGUGCAUUUCCAACGCUGUGUGAUACACGCUUGAAUGUACGCAACGACACAAAACCAGUCAUAUCAGACGCAGUAGCUGUACGAUUAGAAGAGUUAAACGUACACAGCGUUUAUGAGCGUAUAGCGCCUCAUUUCAGCGAAACCCGCCAUACUCCUUGGCCGCGUGUGACCGAGUUUCUUCGAAGCUUUCCAACAGGAUCCAUACUGCUCGAUAUUGGCUGUGGUAAUGGAAAAUAUCUACAAUGCAAUAGCAAUGCCUUAACAAUUGGUUGCGAUCGCAGUGGUGGCUUGCUUACUGCGUGCCUUGAACGGGCUAAAGUCUCCAAUAAAAACAAUGCCGCUUUCCCAAACGUUUUUCGCUGUGAUUGCUUACAGGUGCCCGUACGCACACAAUCGAUCGAUGGUUGCAUCAGCAUUGCAGUGAUACACCAUUUGGCUUCCGCAGAACGCCGUUUAGCCGCUGUGUUAGAAAUGACGCGAGUCCUGCGUCCAGGUGGACGUGCACUCAUAUAUGUUUGGGCUAAAGAUCAACGUGCCAAUAAUAAUAAAUCUGCAUAUCUAUUGCAGAAUAAAGCGGUGAACAAAAACAAAGUCACUGUGGAGCAACAGCGACAGCGUGCGACAGCGGAGUUGCAGCGGCAACAACUGGAACAAAAGUUGGAAGAGUUGGUGCCUGGUGCACCACAACUGCCCGUACACACAAAUCGCACCGAUUUUAUGCAACAAGAUGUGCUCGUACCUUGGAAGUUAAAAACUGGACAAGAUGCCGGAAAGAGAAAUGCAGAUGAUCAGCAAAGAACUACGCAAGCAAGUACCUACCUGCGUUACUACCAUGUCUUUGAGGCAGGCGAGCUGGAGGCAAUGUUAGCGCAAGUGCCAGAGGUCGAACUACUCCAAAGCUACUAUGAUCAAGGCAACCAUUGUGCGAUUUUCGCGAAGCGGUGAAAGCGAAUGCAAACAAUUAAAUAUAUGUAUUUUAUUUUUUUUAGUUAAAAUUUAAUUCCCAUUUAUUAUAUGAUAUUUGUUAUCUACUAUCCCCUUGGAGGGGCGCUGAAUUAUAUGUACAUAAAUAUUACUAUUCCAUAAGCAAAAAUAAUUAUAAUUAUUCAAUAAACAUCUAGAUAUUUGGGAAAUAGUUGUAUUUGCAAUUGACAUUUGAUUAAUUACUUAAAAUCGUUUUUCGAUACUUGUGACAUUUGUGUAAUCGUUACUUCUAAACUUUUGCCAAAAGUCUCGUAAGUAUUCUUUUCUAAAAUUAACUAUCAACUAUAUAUUAGAUCUUAAAGCUGUAGCUACUUCCCUUAAUUGUUAAAUAAUAUAUUCUUUGCAAUCAAUUCAAAGUAAAAUAGAUAUGUAUGUACACAUUUUCACGUAUACAUAUGUAUGCAUUUAUAAAAAUACUAGUUUCGUUUUAUGUUUUGGCUCGGAUGAACUUAGUCAACUUUUCAACUAAUAUGAAGGGGUAAAUUGGUAUUAUUUAUGGUAUUUUUUCAUUAAGACACUAAUUUCCUUGAAACCCCAAUACAAUGUAUCUGUACAACGGCGUCAUCAUUACCAUGGGUAAUGAGUGACUCUUCCUCGUUCCCAUGACAAAGGGUCUAAGCAACUGGUACGACCUAGAUUUACAAAUGUACUUAUAUGUCCAAGUUCAGGUUUCAGUAAAUGGUUGCAAAAAUUAAAUGAUCAUAAAUAGUAAAUAAAUAAUUUGAUUUUACUUUUAGCGUUACAAGAAUUAUUUCAAAUAACACUGGAUCACAAAUUAUAAUUUUGUUUUUGUUCUCCAGACGCCACUAUCCAAUUUGUAUGUAGAAUCGCUCGCUGAUUCCAAAAAUCGGAGUUAACUUUUUUCUUUAUGGAUGCGUUUUCGAGAUCUUUGCAAUUUACCGUAAUUCAGCUAAAAAAAAAGGAGUGGUUCCUCUUAAUCACGUAUAUCUUAC